GUUGCUGAAGAGAAGAGUUAACUCGUUUCGUUUUGUCAGACACUGUUUUCUGUUGUUUUUGUUUGAGUUUAAAAAUACGGGAUUGUAGCGGCGAAUUCGUCGCUUCCGUGGCAGUUUUGGAAUCGAAAUUUGCCUAAAUCCGUCUUUUAUCCCUUUUAUCUACAGUUGAUCAGUGCGAAUGCGAAGUGCAUUUGCGUGCGUAGUUGAGAAUUUUCCAGUUUGAAAAUGGCAGACGUUGCAAGAAGGCCGCUUCGAUUGACUCGUCGCACUGCUCAGACCGGUUUGGAGUAUGCGGAAAACGCUCUGCCUAACUAUAAGAAUGUGAAUGUGGUGCUUAAAGCGGCGCCAGUCCAACACGUGAGAAGCGCACUGGGCUUGAUUGGCAACAAAAAGGCGACGGCCCAGAUGGUCACCACUGGAAAGGGCGGCCUCGGCGUCAGGAAGCAGAACGAUGCCACGAAAGACAAGCCCGUUUUGGUCAAACCAAAACUGGCAGGAAAGCCUGCAGAGCUGAAGACGGGACUCCCAGUGCGGGAAAAGAAGGAAGCAGUGCCGCCGACCGCCGGCACGACCAAGCCUGGCGUCAUUCGCCGCAUCGCCAACAUCCUGUCUGCCCAGAAAGCGCAGCCAGAAGCCAAGCCCAAGCAGGCGGUGACCCUGGCCGCUCCGAAGACUCGCAUUGCGGUGAAACCGACAGUUAGGCCCAAACCUGGCAGGGUGGAGGCUCAGGGCAGUCAACCCGACUUGAGCGGCUUCUCUCAGGAGGAGAAAGCCAAUCUCGAGAAGUUGAACAAGGCUGACUCUGAGGACGCCCAGUAUGUGGCCAUUUAUGUUCAGGACAUUUUCUCGUACAUGAGGCACCUUGAGGUUGUGUACUGCAUUCCGGAUGCGUAUAUCAAGCAAUGCAAAUUCAUGACGAAUCUGAUGCGUGCGACAGUUGUUGACUGGCUGGUCGGCGUCCACCGCCAGUUCAAGCUGAUGCCUGAGACGCUGUACCUGACAGUUUCCAUCUUUGACAGAUACAUGCUGACUGCCCCGGCUACUCCCAAGUCACAGCUGCAGUUGGUGGGCGUGACCAGCUUGCUGAUCGCGUCCAAAUACGAGGAGAUCCUGUGUCCGACCAUCGCCGACUGCGUCUACGUCACGGACAACACGUACACCAAGAAGCAAGUCGUGGAGAUGGAGUCGAGGAUCCUUGGCGGGCUGGCCUUCAGCAUCGGCCGCCCGUUGCCGCUGCAGUUCCUGCGGCGCUACACCAAGGUUGCCGACGCCACGUACAAGGAGCACUGCGCGGCCAAGUACUUCAUGGAACUGCAGCUGGUGCGCCACGAGAUGUGCCACGUGCGACCUUCGCUGCAGGCCGCGGCCGCCCUGUGCCUCUCGUUGCUGGUCAACCUUGACCAAGAUUUGUACGGCGAGUACAAGCAGGCUGACAAAAGUCCCAGCGACACCCUGAAGCGCCUCUGGAGCCCACCGCUGCAUUACUUCUCUGGAUUUUCCUUUGCCGAGGUCGAGCAGGCCGUCAAGCAACUUGCGCUUGUCGUCCUCAAGGGACACUCGUCCACCUUGCAGAACGUGCGCAAGAAGUACUCGACCAAGAGCGUGUCUGAGACAAGCCAGUUAGUUGAAGGACAUCUGGACAGGAUCAAAUCAAUCAGGGAUUGAAUUGUGUUCAUCAUAUAUGCUAUUUCAACCAAAAUUGUCAUUAAUAUACUGAUUAUGUGUUGAGUUACAAACAGUUUAACCAGCGUCAGAAUUUUGUAAAUACGGUAAAUACAUAGUUUCAAUCUUUGAAUAUGUCCAUUUUUUAUCUGCCCCAGUUGUAUAUCUUUGUACGUCGCCGGAAGCAGCUUACUCGAUCAAAUUGUUGUUAAUUAACACUCGAAUGUAACCCUUUUAAUUAUUUGUACAUUUUCUAUGAAAAUCCGUGUAUUGUAACUGUUUUGAUAUUCGACACUGAAAUUUUGUAUUAUUGUUAGACAAAUUUGUAAAUCUAAAAUUUGCUAAUGCACGUGAUCAAUGAAUCAAAAUUAAUAAUUAUUGACCCUGAUUUUCGAUUUAAGAUGUAAUUAUGCAAAGAGAAAUAAACUCAUAGUGAUAACCUCUAAUCUUA